GUUAUUGUGGUUCGUGGCCACGCCGUUGUCGAUAAAUGGAGCUGGUGUGCGUGAUGUAUUCGAAGCCUUUUCUCAAACGCGCGAGGCAACAGGAUUGAGACCCCACGUUCGAACCCAGGAGUCCCUCGAAAGGACUGGGCCCCAAUAAAGAGAAAAUUUGAGAUCACGGUGUACGAGUGCAAGCAGAAAAGUGCUGAGACAGACACAAACAGCGCCCUCACGGGUUUGGCGCAACAAGAGUCGCUGCCUAUGCGCUCGUAACUAGGAACAAGCCCCUCUUGCAUGGCUGGAGUUUUUCACGGCAAACAACAUGGGCGUCGCGCCCGACCGACGGAAGCACGCCAACGGGAGGAACCGUAGGAUGUGAACGACGAGACGCCACCAAGGCGGGCCCAGCGGCAGCGGCAGCAUGUCCUCUCAGGAGCAGCCGCUGCUCAAGCUGGACUCUGUGCUGUCGGCCGAGCAGAUGCGUGCCCUCCUGCAGGAGGCCACUGUACCCCAGAAUGAGAAGCUCGACUUUGAUGUGCUCGGAAAUGUCGGCGGGCCAGAAGACGGAAGCCACUCUCUGGCGGCCAUGGACGACAGCUUCCACGAUUUGGAGAACUUGGUGCUGGACCAGAGUUCGACAUCGGGGGCCCUGUUUGCGGAGACGUCCGAGGCAGACGUGGAGGCACUGCUCAAGGCCACCCUGGGUGCCGAGGACCUGCUCAGCCCCAUCGACCUGGUGUUCCUCGACCACUGCUACUGCACGCCCCUCGUGGGUCAGCUGGUCUCCGAGCCCGCAGUCAGUGCCACACCCAGUCGGGAAGGCCCCGUGGCCGAGCAGCCCAUUGCGAAGCAGGAAGCCGGCCACGAACACGGCUCGCCAUUGGACGAGGCCGAUGGGGACGAUGCAGGUGCGGUGUCUCCGGGAUCGCCCCAGCUGCCGCUUCGGCGGUCGCAGCGCCAGAUCGAGCGCAUCGACCGCGAGCGCCUAGAGCGCAUCAAGGCCGAGAACGCCGAGCAGAAGCGCCGCGAGCAGGAGGAGAUGGCGGGCCGGCACACUCCAGUGCUGGGGGCGGAGUCUCCGCAGGCCCCGCCCCCAGUUCCCACCACCCUCAGCUCACCGCUCCUCUCGCCAACGUCAGCAGCGGCAACACCAACACCACCACACAUAGCGUCUCCUCUUCAGCCUCAGCCACAACAGCAGCAGCAUCAUCAACCACAGCAUCAACCGCCUGAGCCUCCGCUGACUUUGCCCACCACUCCCAAGGAGAAAGCAUCUCCCGUAGCAACAACCGUGCAGCCGCACUUGGCAAGGAAAGGCAAGGUUCGCAACAGCGAAUCCACCUCUUCAACAGAGGACGUUCCAGAGUACGGCACCCCACCCGGUGCCAGCCCGACCCGGGCACGCAAGAAGCGGCCCCGUGAGGAUCUCGAGCACGCUGAUGUGGCCAAGCCAAAGAAAGGCUCUGCACCCCGCAAAAGUGGGGCGGGAUCGAAGGGUCGCCGGGACGGUCCCACCCCAAAGAAGGUGCCAUCUCGAGUGGAGGAGCCUCCGACCACCCCAACCAAGGAAGAGCACCACCCACCGGCCAGGCGCAAGAGUGACGAUGGAGAGGCCAAGAAGCGAAAGCAUCUGCCUGAGCAGCCAGUGUCGCCAUUUGGCAAGGUGGUCAAGGUGGUGCGGACCGCGCCCGAGCCCAAGAAGAGGCCCCGGCGCGAGAGCUUCACCGAUGAGCCCGCACUCUUCAGCCAGCCAGACGUACUGCAUAAGGAGCACGAGCCACAAGCAGCGGCCGUACCUGCGCCAUCCGCUGCUGCACCAGUGACAACAGCCGGAGCCACGGCACCCGUGGCAACGACUCCGACGACACCCAAGCCUGCUUUCCUCAGUAACGAGUCGGUGUACGACUCGGUGGAGGCACACGUGGCACGCCUCGCUGGCGGGGUGGAGCACAGUCUCUUGCCGACCACCGUGCCGACACCUGUUGCAGCUGUGCCAGCCACUCCAGUGACGAAUGCACCCGCAGCACAACCUGCGGGGGCAAUCGUGUCUCAGCACAAGCCUACGACUGCUGCCAAGCAUGGACCUGCAGAAGCCAAGUCAAUGCCAAAGAAGCCAACACCUACAAAGCCGGCUGCCGCAAAACAGGGCCACCCGGGCCAACCGGACCAUAAGAAACCGGCGCUGGCCGUAGCCGUCAAGUCGGCACCGCCACCACCGAGUCCCGCUAAAGUGAAGCAUGCCGGACAGCCUGCGGCACCUUCGCCAAAGACGCCCAAGAUUGCCAAGGCGAGCCCCAAGACACCCCAGGGGAAGACGCCGGGGUCGGCAAAGAAGGCGGAGCCUCACAAGCAGCCAAAGAAGAUGCGGCCCGAGCCGCCCACUACACCAGUUGCAGCAGUAACAGCACCAGUGACUGCCACCCCGCCUGCCGUGGUUGUGGCAGAACGGCCAAAGAGGCAGAGCAAGGAAAAGUUUAAGCGAGCCAUGAUGCGCAAGCGAGAGAUGGGUCGUCGGGUGGAUGACGAAGACGUGGAGGACAGCUCGGAGGAGGUGCACGACUCGGACUGGUCUUCGGAAGAUGACCCAGAGCGGCUGUGGUGCAUCUGCCGCAAGCCGCACAACGACAAGCUACUCCAGCAAGCACGGUGCAAAUCUAAAGAGCGUCCAUCUCGAGGGUUCAUGAUAGAGUGCGACCGGUGCAAGGACUGGUUUCACGGGACGUGCGUGGGCGUGACACGACAGCAGGGACGGCUGCUCGAGAAGGAGAACAAGGAGUGGGUCUGCCCCAAGUGCUCCAAGGGUGAGAACCGUGCGACUAUGGCUGUUGCAACCAAGAAGGAACUGCACCGGCAGUCGUCGUCAGAGGACAAGGUCCACCACACCAAGAGUCCCCACGCAAAAGCAGGCCACCCCAAGCCCCCCAAUCAGCCCACCCACCAGCCCACCCACCAGCCCACCCAUCAGCCCACCCAUCAGCCGAAGCCUGCAGAGGAACAUGGAACACCUGCAGCCCCAGCCAUCAAGCCCGCCGCACCUGCACCCAAACCGGUAGUACGGGAAUGCCUGGUGUGCAAGCGCAAGGCCGAGUGCAUUGGCCUGUACUGUGGCCGUGACUGCAUCGCGAAGUAUGUGCACGAUGCCAGCCAGACCAUCAAGGCAGCCAAGCUCGAUGGUGAGCGGCGACUCAUGUUUACGGAGCGCAGCUCCGGCAAGCUGGUUGCUGGCGUCCAGACACCCACGCCGGAGAACCUCACCAACUGGCUGGUGCGCAAUCCAACGUUUGAGCUGGCUGUUGCACGCACACCGGGGCGUCCGCACUCAACCAAGCAGCCGUCUUCCAAGCCGGCGCAAGCCAAGCAACCACACACCAAGCCGGCGAAGCAGCCGGCAGCCGCUCCGGCACAGUUGGCUGUGCCCUCGGGAGUGAACACCACGUCGGCGGUACCCGCACCUAGCGGCACGGCGACCAACAGCGCACCGGCUGAAAGCACGGGCAGCGCAGAAGCUGCAACAGAGGUGAAGAAACCGGAGGCAGCCCAGCCGUCCCCCGAACCAGUCCGCCUGAAUGUUCGCAAGGUGCUAAGGGAUGCACUGUUCAAUAGGUGCAAGGAGGCCUCGGACCUGUCAUUGUCGGUGGACGAGGUGCGUCGCAUGGCGCUGCGCAUUGAGGAGGAGCUGUUCAAGGUGUUCCGGGACACGGGCACGCGCUACAAGUCCAAGUACCGCAGCCUGGUGUUCAACAUCAAGGACAGCCGCAAUCAGGGCCUCUUCCGCAAGAUCCUCCGGGGCAAGAUCGCGCCCGACCGACUGGUGCGCAUGACUCCCGAGGAGCUCGCCUCCAAGGAGCUGGCCCGCUGGCGGGAGCAGGAGAACAAGCACACCAUCGAGAUGAUCAAGAAAGAGCAGAUGGAGGCAGCUCAGAAUGUGUCGUCGCACGCGCUUCUCAAGAAGACGCACAAGGGAGAAGUGGAGAUUGACGACGACAACCUCCGACUGCUGGAGAAAGCCGACGAGAAAGCAGCGGCCGAGCACCCCGAGCCGCCAGCUGCACGAGUGCCCAGCGUCGGCAGCACGACGGCAACCGUCGAGACGGCCGAGAAGUCGGGCAGGGACACGACGGAUGCGCACCGGUCACACCUCUUUGAUCUCAACUGCAAGAUCUGCACGGGGAAGGUUGCCCCACCCCCUGAUGAUAGGCAAACUCCUUCACCACCACCACCGUCACGACGUUCAUCGACAGCGAGUGUGCCUGCACAACCCAGCGGUAGCCUUCCAACGCUGGCAGACGAGCUGUCGUCAUCAUCUUCAUCAUCGACGUCCCCUCCGCCUCCGCCGCCUGCACGCGGCAGGGGUGGCACGCCCCCACCUUCUGCAGAGCACAGCAAGGGGCUACGGAGGUCACGCGAGGACUCUUCUGACCUCGAGCCAAGUUCCACUGUUUCGCUCGGAUCCCCCGACUCCAGCAAGGGUGGCAGCAAGCAGCCCCAGCCGAGCUCGGUGUGGAAGGGCUUCAUCAGCAUGCAGGAGGUGUCCAAAUUUGUCACGGCUGCCUACAAGGUCUCCGGCCCCACCGAUUUCCUCUCACAGCAGGAUAUCCCGGAUACAAUACAAGUCUGCGGCCGCAUCAUACCUGACCAGGUGUGGGACUACCUGAGCAAGAUCAAGCAGUCUGGCAACAAGGAGCUGCUGGUGGUGCGCUUCCAGCCUGCGAACGACGAGGAACGGCGGCCCUACCGGGAGCUCUACACGUACCUGAACUCACGCAAGCGGUGCGGCGUGGUGGGUAACCUGUCGCGCAUGCUCAAGGACUUCUACAUCCUGCCGCUGCCUUCACACAGCCCCGUGCCCACCGUGCUCAUGCCUUUCGACGGGCCUGGUUUGCAGUCCGGUCGGCCACACAUGCUUUUGGGCAUCAUAGUGCGACACAAGAACCGCCUCAGGCCGCCCUCUGGCAAAUCCAGGUUGUCGUGGUCCGAUCGCUCGGAGGCUGUGUCGCUGACACCUCCGCUGGCAGAGACCUCUGUGGGUGCCCACUCGGAUGACGAGGAGCCUUACGAACCCUCGUACACGCCACCUUUGGAGAAACGGCCAAGGCAAGCCCGGCUUCAACAGACAUCGUCCACAUCGUCUGUUGCAGAGGAAAGGACGCCGUUGGCAGAUGACGAGGAUGUGCCCUACGACCCCGAGGAGAAUGAGGUGGGCAUUGCAGGCACCACACCGCCUUCUGCAGAGCCUCCUCCGCCACCUCCACCGAGGGUGUCGGGACAGGCCGUGAGCGAGCUGAUCGAGCGCAUCUCUGCAGGCGCCAACCCAGCUGCCGUCACGACAUCCGUGCUUGCCUCACUGGCCUCCAAUGCCAACCUGGAACACCAAAAGCGUCUGCUUGUGGAGCUCACUCAAGAGGUGGAAGAGCAGAAGCGGCAGAUUGAGCUUCAGCGCUUGCAGGCCAUCCAGCUGUCGAUGGGCAAGUCAUCGUCAUCCCCUCCUCCGCGACCUCCCACCCCGAGCCAAGCGCAGACUGCCGAGGCUUCGGGCAUCCCCUUCUUGGACAGUUCGCUGCCGACAGACACGGGCCUGUCUUUUCUUAGUGGCACCGGAACGUCGUCAGGCGGCUGCAGCCUGCCGUCAAGCCUGCAGGAGUUGCUCAACAAGGUGAAGGCACCAGCACCACAACAGACGCCGUCCGGUACCGCUUCCAGUGUCAGCGACGUCCUGGGCACGCUGCUGUCUUCCUCCGGGCCUCUGGGCACCUCGGCUGCCACCGCGAUUGGGUCGCCUCAACAUGCGCAGAGCCCGCUAGGCGCCAAGAAAACACUCACUGAGGACCCCAUUGUGCGUCACUUUGCGGGUGAUGCAACGCCCGAGUCCGAUACCGAAGGUGCCGGUGCCACGCCACCACCUCCAGGCAUCGGAGAUUCGCCACUGCCCGGUACUGCAAGCGUGCUGACGGCGGCAGCUGGAGCUGCAGCGUCAGUGUCGCGGUCCCCAGGCACACCCACCAAGGACGAGCUGGUUGUUGAAGAUGCCUCCCGGCCUCAGGACCCACGAAGGCGAAAGACUGCGUCAUCUGCAUUGCAGUCGGCCAGUGCAUCAAGCCCUGCCGCCGCCAUGUCACCACUUGUAACAGUAUCUUCGUCAGCUAGUGCAACAACAAGCAGCCAGCUGGGUGCAAAGUCUGCCAGCGAACUGAUGGAGAUGGCACGCAAGCAGCUUGAGGAGAUGGAGGUGCCACCCCCGCCCAGUGCCAUUGUGCAACAGCCACAACUGCAGCAGCCUGUCGCGGCACCGGCAGCACCUCCUCCACCACCCGUUUAUGGUGCCCCACCCCCCACAGGCAUGCCACCUGCAGGAAUGCCACCUGCUGGUAUGCCACCUGCUGGUAUGCCACCGGCAGGCAUGCCCCCGCCACACCCGGCUGCUGGGAUGGCACCACCAGCAAACUUGGUGCCACCACCCGGAGGCAUGUACGGCCCGCCACCGCCGCCCCCCGUGGACCCCUCUGCAUAUGGGGCACCCCCCGGCAUGCUGCCGCCUGGCGUGGUGCCGCCGGGCUAUCCACCACCUCCCCCCCAGUGGAACGCUCCCGCUGACCCCUAUUGGAAGGGCCCACCGCCUCCACCGCAGGCCGGCUGGAAUGGUGGCGGGCGUAGUGGCGAGUACCGGCAGCGAGGGGGUCCCCCCGGUGGUGGCUGGAGAGGCGGUGGCCGCAGAAACCAGUGGGAACACUAAGCCCAGUGCUCGGCCGGCAGAAACCCCCAGGACCGUGAGGUCGUGCCUCGAAGGAAAGCAGUGCGAGAUUGCGGGAAGGCUUCCGUACCUGCCUCGUCAGGCACACUGCGGCAACCGUAGUGCCCUGCAAUGCAGCCCUCAUCAGUCACCGCACUAGGACUAUGGAACUGUCUGGAAUGUUGAACUUUCACAGAUUGUACAGCCUUUCUGUAGGCCCAGCACCCGGUUCACCUUGCAGCGUUGUGCAGAUUGCAGCAUUGCCUUUGGCUGUGCAAGGUCUUUCAUCGGUCUCCUCGGACGGAUGGCAAGACAGAGCUCGCCUCACUGGCAUUGUCGGCGUAGCACCUAUCUGCAGGACACUGAAUGUGUGACGAUGAUAGUUUGCCCACCACAGAGGAACACUUGAUCAGUGCUGUCACAUAGUACAUCCUCUCCAGCAGAUGACUGGAUCACCAGUGCAUUGAAGAGCAUUGUUUUUUGUUUUGUUUUUCCUGAUGUCUGUUCUAUGAGCUUGUUGCCCCCCCCUCCCCUUUUUUUCAAUUUCCCUGGAGAUAUUGUUUGUGUAGAUAAGUAAUGUGGCUCAUUUGGUUGGUGUUUUCUUGUGUGGAUGCUCAUUGGGCUGCUGGGACGAACAACAUUGGGCGACGUGUUGCACGCAGUGUCCAAAACCAGAAAACAAAAAGAAAAGUGGCACCACUUCCAUCAUUUUUUUUUUUUUAUUCCUCCAGAUGUACAGACACAAAAAGAACUCUGCAGUUGUUUCUCACGAGAAGUGUACGUAACCAUUUCAGAAUUGACGCCGAGCUAUAGGUGUCGCCACGUGCUGGUGCUAGCAGGCCGCGUGGCUUAUUAUGCGCCUCUGUAAGGGAUGCCUUGGAUGACACCGCAGAGAAGUGCAACAUCUUUCUACACAGCUUCAUAUUUGGAAAACUGCUCGAGCCGUCAUUAUCACCUCACCUGCCAUGCUCGUCUGUGCACCACCGACAACCAUCAUGCGCCUUGUACAUAACUCGCUUCUUUCAAUUCCAUCUUCCCUUUCAACCCCAUUUUGCUGCCUCAUGAUUUUUAAUGUAACUAUGACAUUGUCACUUUCAGUACCAGAUUUUAAACAUCAGAACAAAAUAAAAGAGAAUAAGCGUUGAAACACAUUGGAAGAUGACAUAGCAAACUGCUUGCCGAGUCUUCUUUAGUGGAUUGUGCCCUAUGGCACUGGUCCAUGCAAGGGGUAGCUUACAAAAAAUGUGAUAAGGUGAAUUACUCCAGAAGCUAAGUAAAUAUACAAUUAGCUGCCCCUGCUUUGUCCUUCAUGUUCAUAAAAAAUGAACAUGUACUGAAUUCGAGGAUAUAGUAAAUCAGUUUAUGCAAUCAGUUAGGCAAAUUGUAAGCAUGGACAAGCUUUUGUUGCUGGUAGCAAAAAUGUGCCAGUGUUUCUUUUAUUUUUUUCCUUAACUUUGGCAGCAAAAAAGAUGGCAAUGUGACAGGAGUAGCUGCUGUGAUUCACAGUUUUCCUACUUGUAACUAAGGCAAGUAUUGCAUUGUGCUUCCUAUUUUAAGCAGAUAGCUGUUUAAACAGAGUCUGUAGACUUCAAUGUUGUUCUCAUUGCUUUGUGAUAGGCCUCGAAAUGCGCACUCAAAAACGUGCACAGCCUUCAAGAAGUCGAGGUUUAAUGCAAGCAGCAAGAUUAAUUGUGAAAUGAGCUCUUGCAUUUUCGGUAGUGCAAUUUAGGGAAGUUUCAAAAGUGACAGUCUAUCCUCAGCAGAAGUAUGUGGGAUAAAAAGCUGGUUGCUGUCGUGGUAAGUCGACAUUCGAAGCCGUUUUUUUUUCUUUUCAGCGUGUCCCAUCGCAUGCAGCAGAUUCAGCAGCAGCACCGGUAUAGAAAUAUAUGCCCUUGUACGCCAGAGGUUGGUAAAAUACUUGCUUUCUUCUUGAACCAAGCCUUAGCCUAGUCACUCGCGCUGUAGUUGGAAUAAUUCUUUAACUUCUGAUAUUUUCAUAACAGGAAAAAGGUAAGGGGAGGGAAGAAGGCUUCCAGAACUAAUGAAGUUCAAAAGACUAAAAUUGAGCUGCAACAACAUUUUAUUGCACUUGCCACGGAAUGCGUCCAGUAAGUUCAUCUGAGCAAACCAUUUUUUAUCUUUUUUUCCUUCACCUACUAGCAUAACUAAUGAAGAACCCUGCCUUGAAAAGCAGUUGUUUGGUGGGGUUAAAAGGCAUUGCAGGGCAAAGAUGAUGUGCUGGGUGGCACAAACUCGCCUUAAUGAGCCUGCCACCAUAAAAUAUGCCUGUACAAAAGCAAAUUGGACUGCACCACCUGAUAACAGCAGAUGUUUCUGCACUCGCACCCCAUCUGAUGACACUGCUUUUUGAUGGACAUUGUGCAAUGAUGGGGCGGGAAUUGUAUUUUUCUUUACCUCCUUCGGAGUGUGUGUGGGCUGACCAGCUCUGAAAGGUCUGUAGCAUCAUUGUGAUCUGUUGGCUGCAAUUUUUCUCCGAAUGGGGAGCUGUUGUGCUUGUGUAGCAAAGUGCUGAGCAUUCAGAAUAAAGACUGGCUUGUAGCUGUG